AUGUCACGUACCCUCCCUCCCCAAUCAGCCCUCCUCACCACAUCGUCGACCUCUCGCCAAAUCGCUCCUCUCCCCCACCACCAACACCAACAACAGCAAUCACGCUGGACACCUUACAGUCCCACUCCAAUCGAACUCUACCCCUCACCUAAAAACCGCUUGUUCCUCUCGUUAAGAUCAGGAAUAGAUGAAGAGGUAGAUUAUGCCCUGCCUAGGUUGGUAGUGGCGAGCUUCGACGAGGUGGAAAAGUUCAAGUUGGAGACUUGGGUAGAUAGCGUCGGGGCGUUAAAGGAAUGGCCAGAGAAAUGGUUAGAAGGUCUGGAAUUGGAAGUUGCCCACGACACAUUGCGUAAACAAAGGAGACUCAAGGAGAAGCUCGGCGAGGAUGAUGGAGAGGAGGUGGUAGAUUUAGAUCUGGAUUUGGCAUUAAGUAUUAUACCAUCUUGGACAAUGCCCCCAUCGACCAUCGACCGAGCGACCAACUCCCUACUUGUGCUACGAAACGCUUCGUUCACCCAUUCGAAUGCCAAGAUAAUAUGUCGGACAAGUUUUCUCUCGUUCCUCAACAGGUUCUUCAACCUUCCACUGGAGUUCUUAUUAGAGUUAAGCUUGAAGUAUCCCGAACCGAUCCAUCAUAUUUUGAAUAUCCUUCAAUCGAUCUUUCCCUAUUUGGCUGGACAACAGGAAAAACCACAACAAGAUGAAAUUCGAAAUAUAUUCAGUAAAGUUCUACCUUCUUUAUUGAUCCAUUCAAGGGAUUUGGCGAUGGUUCAAAACAUCUUACCAUUGUUGAUACUUGGUUUAACCAAUAAUACUUAUAGUCAAUUUGAUAAUACCACUUUAUCACAAUUGAUUGAUCAUUUAUUAAACCUCAUCAUCUUACGUCCAACCCCAAUGAGCACGAAUACUACACCACCUAUAUUGUUAGACCUUACUUUGGAUUUGUUAAUUUCGCUUUCACAAAAUACUUUUUAUGCCAAAUCAAUCUUACUCCAUCAAUCCUUUUCGGCCCAUUUGAAGAAUUUGGUGUAUCUGUUGGAAUAUGGAUCGAGACAGACAGUAGCGAAUUGGGAUAAUCCAUUAUCACUUACUGGUAAAGUAGUUAGAAAUCCUGCUUCGGAUUAUAUAAGGAUUGAGAAUGCCUCGAAGAGAAGGAGGAGGGAAAGAGAUCAGAAUCAAAGACAGAUGGAAAUCUUUGGUGGGGCAGGUGUGAAAAAUGUUGAUGUGGGUGAUAAACCGCCGGUAUUGGAGAGAAGUACUAGGGAUAGGUUGUUUGCUAUGAGGGAACCUAAUAGGAGUAUUGCCUGGAUGCACGAAACCUUUGUCUAUUCUUCGACCUCGCAACUCCUCCAAGUAACCUUCUGGCACGCAUACCGUGAUUUCUUCCAGAACCCCUCGACGGUCGAUCCGCUAUUGAGUGCGUCAGAGGUGAUCAAGAAUGUCACGGUUGCCUUCCCGGGUGCGAUGGCGAAAGUGUGGAUGGACGAAAUGGGAGGUCAGAAAUUUGUUAUUGCGGGUAUGGGAUUUAGGAAAGGGAAUGACGACCAAGAGCGAUUCACCUGUUUAUGGCAGAACUGCCCCACACCUCACUCUUCCACCGAUCCUGCAAACUUAUUCUCUCACAUCCAGUCUACUCAUCUCUCCAUUCCUCAGAUAUCAUGUCGAUGGGCUACCUGCUCGCACACACCAUUCACCGCCUCCCAUCUCUUAACGCAUCUUCCGAUACUUCAUCCUACCCAAGUACCCGAGGUCAUCACCUCUCACGCAACCACACCUGACUACUCCCUCUCUCAGUCAAUCAUCACCAAUCGUGCGAUCCCACCUUUGGCCAAACCAUUCAAAUUGCAUUUCCUAGGUCAGACUACCCCUCUAGAUUCUCAGAAAAGACAUCCUGUCGGUACGGCCUUCCUUGCCUCGUUGAUUAUACGUAACCUAUCGAAAUCGCUCCGAAGCGAGUUGAAUUUGAUCGAUGGAGAUCUGUUGAAAGAGAAAAGAGAGGAAAAGAAGAAACAUCUACUGGAAGAGAGAUUCGGUUUACCUAUACCUGAGAAUGUACUUAGGGAAGAAGAAGCUGAAGAGCAAGAGAACUUGAAGAAUACACAACAGCAGGAUGAUGAAGGUGAAGAUGCAGAGUAUGUAAAAGCACAAUUGGAGAAAGCCAGGAAUGCGUUUAUGAGCGUUCAGGAUAGGCUGCGGAAUGUGGUGGAAUGUAAUAUCAGUGGGUUGGGGAGUUACCUGGGCGAUUCGUUGGGAUGGUAUUGA